CAUAUUUACUGCUUCUAUUUGUAUAGUUAGUGGCAGCAGUGCCAGAAACAACACUGCUAGACGCAGCUCAAGCAAGAGAAAAGAAAAGCUUACUCAUUCAUAUGGCAGGCAAAGAAAACGACACAAGAUUUAUUAGUAACAAGCACGCCUGUGAGCCUUGCAGAUCCUUUGGUCAAAAGUGCAGCCAUUUGGUUAAGAAGCAGCGAGCCAAAUUCUACAUCCUCCGCCGCUGCAUAGCAAUGCUUGUCUGCUGGCGUGACCGCGGCGAGCCUUAAGGGGCCAUUUUGCUUUCAUCGUCUCUGCUUGUAUAGGAGUGUAAUUAAAAGAAGUGCUUUUGAUUAAUAUUACUAGUAUAAUUGUAGUUCAUUAUUAAUUUGAAGGAUAAGAAAAUUAUAUAGUGUUACAUGAGUUUUAUCCAGCCUUCUGCCAAAAAAAUUCUAGAUCUGUUUUAGGUUUUGGAUAUUUCCCUUAGGUGAAUUGUCCUUUCUUUUUUUUUUUGCCCUUUAUCUUCUUGUUGAAAGAUGAGGAAUGGUUUCUUAAGUCCAUACGAUUGUUGUAAUGGUUGCUUCCAUCUUCUUUUCUGUUGCUCCUUUUUCUUUCUUACUUUGCUUUUCUUGGAAUGCUGUGAAGUUCAAAUUUGUUGUUUAGCUGUCAAAAGGGUUGAUGGGACUGAAUGGAAAUCUGGGCUGUCAUCAAAUUCUUUGGAGGGGUUAGUGUAGUUAUGCAGUAGCAUAUUCAUCUCUCAUUCAUUGGUGGAAGAAUGGAAAUUCCUGUUUUUCUUCAUAUUCCUGGUUUGCACUUUCUUGUUGAUACUUAAUUUCAGAUAUGUUUCUUCAUUCUUUCUUGGCUAUCUGGACUCAUCAUGUACACAGUACACCAAUUUCGGUUGGAAGAGGUAAUUUGUAAAUUAGAGCAGAAAUUUUUC